AUGGACCCAUUUCAAGAAAACAAGCACCCAUCACCAGUCUUUAUGAGAAACCUUCCAAUUACACCAGGAUAUGGAGGUUACAUCCCUCUCUGGUUCAGCAGAAUGGGAACUUCUUACAACAGGGACACCAGUUACUGUAUCAGAAAAUUUAGAGACACAACUCAGAGACACAAAAAUCAGCUGGACACAUUGAGAUGCCACACAGCCACUGCUGACAAACUACAAGAAAUCUGUUCCAAAGAAACAGUUUUAAGGAUGAUACAUGAUUACUAUCUCCGCUAUCACCCGACUUAUAUAGAAGCUGAUCAUAACAAGAAGCCUUUACAGGAGCCCCCCAUACCUGGCUGGGCUGGUUAUCUGCCAAGAGCCAGGGUUACGGAACUUGGCUGUGCUGUACGUCAUCACGUGAUGGCAAAACAGAGCUAUGAAGAUUUCCUAAAUAUAACAGAAACACACAAAAAAGGUCCACUCAAAAAAUAUCAGAGCCUGAUGGGAGAUAAGCCAUUUAAAACUUCCCAUGUACCUCCUGAGUUUUGCCCAAGAUUUAAACCAAAAGAUCAAUAUGAAGAUUCCACUAGAAGACCCUGUGGAGGUGGUUAUGGAACCUCUUCACUCUAUGACUUUCCAACACAGUAUCAAGGACCCUGCAGACCUAAGAAAUACCUUGAACCACUGCCCUGCACAAACUAUAUAGGGAGAUAA